AUGACAGAAAAAAUUCUAAUGAUUAGACCAGACCAGUUCUCAGGUAAUGAGGACGUAAGAAAAUAUUUCAAGCAAUACGAAAAAGCAGCAGAUGUAAACGGUUGGAAGGACGAAGAUAAAGUAAGAUUUUUAUCGAUAUUCGUAAAAGGUACAGCAAGUAUAUUUUUGGAAAAUUUGGAAGACAAACAAAAUAAUUGGACAUGGAAUAAUUUGAAACAGGAGUUUCUCGACGAAUUUCAACCAAUGGGUUACAAUACAAUUGUAAAAACUAGAUUAGAAAAUAGACGUCAAGGAGAUACAGAGUCUAUAAUGAGUUUUGUAACAGAAAUAGAAAAUAUAUGUACACAACUAAAUAAAAAUAUGCAGGAAGAAGAAAUUUGCACUUAUAUUUUAAAGGGAUUAAAAGAGACAGUCUUACAUGCGAUUUCAUUACACGACAAUAGCAACCUAAAGGAACUAAAGAAAAAUUUAAAAAAAUUUGAAUUGAUGCAAUUUCGAAUUAAUAACAGAGGACCAGAAUUAAGUGAUUAUACAGAAAUGCUUAAUGAACAUGUAUCUCAACUAAACCAAAAAACAAAAGAAAAAGGAAGAGAAAUCGAUGAACUAAAAAGACAGUUAAUAGAAAGAGAUAGAGAAUACAAAAAGGAGAUGAACCAGUUACGGGAAAAUAUUCAACAAAUCAACAUUACAGGAAGAAGAAAUAAAUCGGUAAACUUCGAUGAUGAAGAAAUAGAUAAUCGAUAA